GUGAUCGUAUGCAGCUGACAGAUGAGAAGACACUAGUAUCAGCUUGUAAAGUACUGGAGGAUGGGAACAGAUUCACUCUAUGGGCUUAUGAUGCUACUGAUACUCCAGCUACUAAUGGUGAUGCUAAUGGAGUGUCCACUUCCCCAACUGGUGGUACAUCAACUGGUAGAGAAGUGGUUGCUAUUGGAGACUACACAGCUCAAUAUUCUGAUGAACUGACCUUCUCUGAAGGAGAAAUAAUUCAAAUAUUAAAAGAAGUUGAUGAUAACUGGCAUGGUGUGUGUCAGGAUAAAGUUGGUAUAUUUCCAAAGACUUACGUCAGAGAACCUUAACAACAACCAGCUGCUAACAACCAGCUCUACCUGCUCCUCUUCCUCUCUCUUCAUGAUCCUCUCUUGUAGUCAUUAGCUGUUUAUGAGUUAAUCAAUUGUUGUAUUUGACAUCAUUUUAUUUUAUUCACUGACAAUUAUGGUAUUAUUUUAUUUUCUUGCUGUUAUUAUUGUGAUCUAUUACAAUUAUCUAUUCUAUUAUUCAUUGUUGCAUGUGAAGUGUAUUGAAUCUAUUGAUAAUGAAUUCCUGAUGUGUGUUGUGCACUUCUAGUAAAAACUAA